AUGAUAGGAGGUGAGAAAGAACCUACAGUAAAGGACGUUGCUCAUCAGCAAAAGCUUGAUGGAGAACGUUUAUCAGUUCUGGAAAAAGAUGUCGCCGACAUCAAACUCAAAAUGACUUCAAUCGAAGAAACUUUGAGUCUCCAAUUUUCUACACUCUGCAAACACCUAGGUGUUUCUCCUCCUCCAGAUCCAAACGGUAAUAUCACUCGCCAACCUAAGAUCGAUUUUCCUCAUUUCGACGGUUCUAACCUGGGAGCUUGGAUUCGCAAAUGCGAACGAUAUUUCUACUUAAGUUCCAUCGACAAUUCUAAGAGAGUUGAUAUUGCUUCUAUUCACUUAGAUGAUAAGGCUGAUGCGUGGUUCUUAGAUUAUCAGGAGGGUAAAUUAUUUAUUGAUUGGAAUACUUUUUCUUAUGAUGUGUGUUGUCGAUUUGAAGAUGUUGCCUAUGAUAACUAUGUGGGUAGUUUUAAUAAAUUAUCUCAGACUACUACUGUAGAAGAAUACUAUGAAUGGUAUGAAUUCUUGAAAGCUGUAAUGAAGGCUAACAAUAGAAAUCUCUCUGAUGAUUAUUUUACCAUGAGUUUUAUCAGUGGAAUUAAGGAAGAAAUCAGAAAUCCUGUGCAAAUGUUUAAACCCACUACAGAUUCUGAGGCCUUUUACUUAGCCAGAUUGCAGCAAGCUUCAGUUGAAUCUCAAUCUAAGAGAUAUAAAACUUUCCCAGACAAUUCCAACCCUCCACCAGCUCAUUUUCUCCCACUUCACACUAUAAGCCUUCUACCACCUCUCACAAAUAUUCCUAGACCAUCUUUUUCUCCUGAUAAACCUAUCAUUACCCAUCCCCUUACACCAACUAAGCCUGAGAUACCUCUACCUCCUAUUAAAAAACUUACUCCGACUCAAAUGCAAGCUAGAAGGGAUAAAGGUCUAUGCUACAAUUAUGAUGUGUUUUACAAGCCAGACCAUCGAUGUAAAUCACAACAGUUAUUCAUGUUAGUGGCAUCUGAUGAGGAUCCUACAUCUCCACCUAUUGAGGAUUUUGAGGAAGAGACAGCUUCUCCUUCAACUUCUGGAGAUACAACCAUGGAGAUAUCUCUUCAUGCCUUAACUGGCCUUGUCACACAACACACUAUAAGAAUGCUAGUUACUGUUGCUAAUGGUGACACUACUGUCAGCCAUGGUGUUUGUCAGAACUUACAAUGGUCUAUGCACGGAUUCAAAUUUUCUAGUGAUUUGAGAGUACUACCUCUAGGUGGUUGUGACAUGGUUUUGGGAGUUGGCUGGCUGAAAAAGUUAGGUGAUGUGGUUUUUAAUUUAGCUGAUCUUAAGGUCUCCUUUCAGCAUCAAGGGAUACAAAUUACAUUACAGGGUCACAAUUAUAGGCUCUCUUGCAGGUUACUCAGUGGUGAAUCAUUUCUCAAAUUCCUUAAAAAUAACACUCCUACUAUAAUUGGGCAAUUUUUCUCCAUCUCAUCUAGUCCCAUUUAUUCUCCACCUCCAGAGAUUACCUCUCUUCUCCACGGCUAUGAGGAUGUAUUUCAAUCCCCAUCAAAACUUCCUCCUCCCAUAGACAUUGACCACAAAAUUCCCUUAAAACCUGACUCAAUACCUACUUCUCAAAGACCCUACAGAUUCCCCUACAUUCAAAAGGCAGUGGUGGAGAAAUUAGUUCAAGAAAUGUUAGAUGCUGGUAUUAUUCAGGACAGUACAAGUCCAUUUGCUGCUCCCAUUUUAUUGGUCAAGAAAAAGGAUGGCUCAUGGAGGUUCUGUGUGGACUACAGAAAACUUAAUGAUAUGACUAUUAAGGAUAAACUUCCCAUUCCUCUCAUUGAGGAAUUGCUUGAUGAACUAAAUGGCUCUUCCAUUUUCACUAAAUUGGAUCUUACAGCAGGCUACCACCAAAUCAGAAUGCAUCUGGGAGACAACAAAACUGCUUUCAGAACUCAUCAUGGUCACUAUGAGUUCAAAGUGAUGCCUUUUGGCAUGACAAAUGCACCUGCUACAUUUCAAUCUCUGAUGAAUAAAGUUUUUCAGCCUUUCCUCAGGAAGUUUGUGUUAGUAUUUUUUGAUGAUUUACUUAUCUACAGCAAGUCUCUUGAAGAACACUUACUUCACUUAUCUCAGGUGUUAGACCUAUUAAGACAACACAGUCUUUUUGCUAACUUCAAGAAAUGCAACUUUUCUCAACCUCAGUUGAACUAUUUGGGUCAUCUUAUAUCUACUGAUGGAGUUUCUGCUAACCCUGAGAAGCUAUCAGCCAUGCAAACAUGGCCUCAACCCCAAAAUUUGAAACAAUUAAGAGGGUUUUUGGGCCUUACUGAGUAUUACAGAAGAUUCAUCAAGGGAUAUGGGAACAUAAGCAAGCCACUUACUGACAUGCUCAAGAAGAAUUCCUUUGUUUGGUUUCCAACUGCUGUACAUGCUUUCCAAGACCUCAAAAUAGCCAUGACCACUUCUCCUGUUCUAGCUCUUCCUGAUUUCUCUUCUCCAUUUGUCUUGGAAACUGAUGCCUGCACUAGAGGAGUUGGUGCUGUAUUAAUGCAACAUGACAAGGCUAUUGCAUUUUUCAGUAAGCCUCUGGGUCCCAAAGAUUUAGCAUUAUCCACUUAUGAGAAAGAACUAUUAGCCAUUGUCAUGGCUGUAUACAAGAAGGGGAAGGAUAACAUUUUAGCAGAUGCAUUGUCAAGACUGCCUCCUGCCUCUGAAUUAUCUCAACCUCAGUGGUCUCAAGACAUUCUCAGCAGUUACUCAGAUGACAAUGAUAUUCUCCAAUUUGUAGCCAGCUGUACAGUCUGCCAAUGCAAAAAAUCUGAACACAAUGCUCCUGUUGGUCUCUUACAACCACUUCCUAUCCCAGAUGCUGCUUGGAAACACAUAUCCAUGGAUUUUAUUGAAGCUUACCAUCCCCAAUCAGAUGGGCAAAUAGAGAGGACAAAUGCUUGUAUGGAACAAUACUUAAGAUACAUGACUGGUACAACACCUAAACUAUGGGCCAACUGGCUUCCUCUUGCUAAGUGGUGGUUCAACACCAACUUUCACACUAGUUUAAAGAUGACACCUUUUCAUGAUUUAUAUGGAUACCUACCUCCACAUCUUGCAUUUCCUUUCAAUUCUACUACUUCAGUUGCUUCUGUUCAAGAGUAUCUCCAAGAGAGAGACCACAUGUUGCAGCUACUAAAAGAAGACUUACUUAAGGCCCAGGACAGGAUGAAACUUUAUGCUGAUAACUCAAGAUGUGACAGAGCUUUCAAUGUGGGAGAUUGGGUUUUUCUGAAGUUACAACCAUACAGACAAUGA